GCUCUAUAUCCUCGCCACGCAUUAAGGCGAACUAUCCCUCUUAUUAUCAUGUCCUCGAGCGGUCUCGCAGUGGAAGAAAUCAAAUCUCUCAGUGAAGCCCACCCAAAGCCUGCAGAUAUUCAAUUUCAGUAUGGAACAGCUGGCUUCAGGACGCUUGGGAGUGUCCUCGACUCGGUCAUGUUUCGCGUGGGUAUCAUCGCUGGACUCAGAAGCAAGAAGUGUGAUGGCCGGACAGUCGGCGUAAUGGUCACUGCUUCUCACAAUCCAGAGCCAGACAAUGGCGUGAAGCUUGUGGAUCCGAAAGGAGAAAUGUUGGAAGCCUCUUGGGAAAGCUAUGCAACCAGGCUAGCCAAUGCAACUACCAACGAUGAAGUCAUCAAAACUAUAGAGUCGAUUGUAGAGACAGCCAAAAUUGACCUGUCAAAACCUGCAAAAGUUGUGUACGCCAGGGAUACGCGUCCCUCGGGACCUACACUCGUAUCUGCGCUAGAGGAUGGCUUCAAGGCUAUUGGUGUGGAACCUCGUAACGCAGGCGUAACCACUACCCCCGUGCUCCAUUACCUUGUGCGCGCAAUCAACACAAAAGGAGAGCGAUGCAGUUAUGGGGAAGAUUCAGAGGAAGGAUACUUCAGCAAACUCGGGGACGCGUUUAAGAAGCUCGUGACAGGAAGGCCCGCCGCCUCCCCCUUGAUCAUUGAUUGCGCUAACGGGGUCGGUGCCCCAGCCGCUGAGAAGCUCUCCGAAUUAUUGGGAAACUCACUACCAAUUAUCUUGGAAAACACCGACAUCACGACAAAGGAUGUUUUGAAUAACGGGUGUGGUGCCGACUACGUGAAGACUUCCCAGAAGCUGCCCCCAUCGUUGGCCAAUAAGCUGCAGCCAGGACAACGUGCAUGCAGUUUGGAUGGUGACGCAGACCGUCUCAUCUACUUUUACCUAGAUAACAGAGGCGCUUUCCACAUGUUAGACGGCGAUAAAAUUGCUGCUCUUGUCGCGGCUUUCAUUGUAGAACUUGUGAAACUUGCGGGGCUGGAGGGGUUGAUUAAAGUUGGCGUCGUUCAGACCGCGUACGCCAAUGGUGCGUCGACUAAAUAUCUAUCGGAGCGUUUACCAGUAAAAUGUGUACCGACGGGUGUCAAACAUUUGCAUCACGCUGCCGAGCGCUACGACGUUGGCGUUUACUUCGAAGCCAACGGACACGGUACAGUUCUUUUCUCCCAAGUCACGAUGGAGACAUUGGCCCAGCAUCAGCCUUUAUCCCCUGCUCAAUCCAGGGCGCUGGAACAUUUGAUCAGUCUCACAGAGUUGAUCAACCAAACCGUUGGAGAUGCUCUUUCUGAUAUGCUUCUUGUCGAGGUCGUUCUAUCCUAUAAAUCCUACAGCGGGAUAGAAUGGGAUUCGCUUUACGUUGAUCUACCCAAUCGCCUCGUCAAGGUGGUAGUGGCCGAUCGAAAUGCUUUCAAGACCGAGGACGCCGAGCGUCGACUGGUGUCUCCCGAAGGUUUGCAACAGAAGAUUGAAGGUCUCAUGAAUCGCUACCAGAGCGGCCGUUCCUUCGUUAGGCCCAGUGGCACUGAAGAUGUGGUCAGAGUUUAUGCCGAAGCAGCGAUCAAGUCUCAGGCCGAUGAACUUGCAUUCCGGGUCGCUGGUCUGGUUUACGACGAAGCUGGUGGCGACCCAGCCAAUCGACCAAAGGAAUUCUUGUAGUAGUCGCAUGUAAUGUAAUGGACUUUGGGUAUUUGAUCGGAACGGGAAUACUUGUCAAACAAUCAAGACGUGC